AUGUGCACUAUAAAUCCUUCCAAUGAAUCUAAGGAGGCGCUGGCCUGGUGUCAACGCAAGGCACAGAAGAGGCUCGGCAAUGCGGAUGUGCUCGUCGAGGAAUUCGUUGCGCGCCCGCGGCAUAUCGAGGUGCAGGUCUUCGCCGGUACACACGGCAAUGCUCCACACUGUCAAAGUUUGAUGCGUCUUCUCACGUACGGGAACCAGAAGAUCAUCGAAGAAGCCCUUGAACCAGGACUUGCGCCCGAGCUGCGCGCGGACUUGUGCGCUAAAGUAGUCGCGGACGCUGAAGCGGUGAAAUAUGUUGGUGCAGGCAUGGUCGAGUUCAUCCUCGACCGCGACGAUGGACACUUCUACUUCAUGGAGAAUACGCGUCUACAGGUCGAACAUCCCGUCUCUGAGAUAAUUACUGAACUUGAGCUCGUCGGAUGGCAACUUGAGGCUGCCGCUGGGAACCCACUUCCGCUCACCUAA